AUGACAGAGGAAGUCAACACUUCAGGUUUAAAGAGACUAUUCGAGAAAAGAAACCUCAAGGGAAGUAAGGAUAAUGGGUGUUGGUCUCUUGCUGGUUACAAUGAGCUAAACCUACUUAUCAAGAGUCACUACUCUGGGUUGAUCACUGAGUGUGAAAGCUCCUCUUUGAGAAAUAGCUACCUCAGUGAGCUGGUUGGGCUGAACAUAGGCCUGAGCUUUUCAAUCGAAAGGAGACAUUGA